UUUGCAGCAGCAGCAGCACUCUUUGUCUGUCACAUCCAGUGUACUUCAGUGUCAGUAAAUGGUUUCGAAAGAAAACAACAGAUGUUGUGCAAGCCACCUUCGCCAGCUAUGAGCGACAAACUGUCACAAAGUGCAAAAGUUUCGUAAAAUAUCGCUGAAGGUUUUGGAUUUUCACUCGCUUUGCAAGUGAUUUGGUGACGUUUUGGAGCAAAGACUAGCUAGGUCGAUCAGCGGAAGCCCGAUUCGUGAGCUGCUGGAUGACACCUGCCUGAGCGCGAUGUCCGCAACUCGCAACCCAACUACGCUGAUGAUCAGCAAUGAGGAAAGCUUCGAUUUCCUGUUCAAGAUUGUCCUGAUAGGAGAUUGUGGAACGGGCAAGACCUGCAUAGUUCAACGCUUCAAAUCCGGAAAUUUUAUCGAAAGCCACGGCAACACCAUCGGGGUGGACUUUUCCAUGAAGGCAGUCACCGUGGAUGGAAAAAAGGUCAAGCUUCAAAUUUGGGAUACCGCAGGUCAGGAGCGAUUCAGAACCAUCACCCAGAGCUACUACAGAUCCGCAAAUGGCGUUAUCAUUGUGUACGACAUCACCAAACGUUCCUCCUUUCUGAACCUGCAACGAUGGAUCGACGAGGUGCGCCGCUACACCGCAACCAACGUGAUGAUCUUUGUCGUGGGAAACAAGAGUGAUUUGGACGCCAUUCGUGAGGUGGAGUUUGCGGAAGCCCAAACCAUGUGCCAAUAUAUUCCAGAGAUCAUGUUCGUGAUGGAAACAUCCGCAAAGGACAAUCGAAACAUUGAGGAUGCUUUCAUGACGCUGGCGACCGAGCUAAAGCGGCGGCAUGACAACAUUACCACAGACGAUGUUCCUGAUGGAAUUACGCUGGGACAAGGGAUGACCUUGUCGGUCAGUAAUUGCAGCCUGUGUAGUCGGACGUGAAUAGAAGUGGUGUUUUAUCUUCUAUUGUUGAAUCUCUUGAUGUGAAGUAUGUUGGUAUCACAGGUAUAAUUAGUGUACAUAAUUUAAUUCUACGAUGCUUUAUAAUAUGAAAGUUGAUAUGUGACAGUUAUAUAAAAAGUUAUAUUUUAUAAAUAAUCUUAGUUUACGAAUCCAUUUACGGUAAAUCGUAUGCCACAUAGGAAUAAGCAAUUCAGUAAGCUAGAGGUGGACCUAAUUAGACCAAUCUAAAAAUCAUAAUAUGUAAUUUUGUUCAUUACGCAUAUUAUUCACUUCGGCUUUAGAGUGUUUAAUGUGAUAUUGAUGGGUGAGUGUGACGCUACACGAUUGGUGACAAUCGCAACAAUACAAGUUUCUAAUUGUAGAACAAAGCAAUUUAAUGAAAUCAAUAGCACUACUUACAUCACUUCGAAAUUAAUAAAACGUUUUUUUUGGUACCGUCAGUGGGGGUGACAUUGGGUCUGGGGGGUGAGAUUGGGUCAAAGUGAUUUUUUACGGAUUUUACCAUUUCUCAGAUUCUUUUCAAUGAAACUGAAUUCUGUUAAAAGGGUUGUGUAGGGGACAUCUUAAGAUGACUUCGCUGAAAAAAAUUCGU